AAACAUAGCUAGUUUUGCGUUAUCGGACCAGCGUCGACGACACCGUUUUCGAUGGAGGUUAUAGUAACAUGAGAGCACGCUUCGCUCUUCCUCCUCGAUCCACAAAACAGAUGAAGUUUUGCCGAGGGUUAUGACUCCGAUUCAGCGAUGCCGAUGUCGCCCAAGGUCUUCCACUCACGCCCGACCUCCCGUUUCCGCCGCCUCUCCUCGUCCGUCUUCUCCCUCGCUUGCCUAAUCUUCGGCAUCACCGGACUCCUCUUCGGCGUAUUCUCCGUCACGAGACCCUCCGGAGAGUGCCCCGAUGUGAAGCCUAGGUCGGUCUCCGUCGUGUGGGAUCGCAGCGGCCACGGUGGCGGAAGUUUAAACGACGUCGGAGCGUCGAAGCGGCACAAGGUGAUGGCUUUCGUUGGGAUCCAGACGGGGUUUGGAUCCGUCGGCCGGAGGAAAGCCAUCAGGCAGACGUGGUUGUCCUCCGAUCGUCAAGGUCUUCUCCGUUUGGAAGAAGCGACUGGCUUGGCUUUCAGAUUUGUUAUAGGAAAGACCGAAGAUAAAUCAAAAAUGGCAGCCCUUCAAAAGGAGGUGAAUGUGUACGAUGAUUUCAUGCUUAUAGAUAUUGAAGAAGAGUACAGCAAUCUUCCACAUAAAACAUUAGCUUUCUUCAAAACUGCAUUUGCACUUUAUGAUUCUGAUUUCUAUGUGAAAGCCGAUGAUGACAUAUAUUUGAGGCCAGAUCGUCUUUCUUUGCUUUUGGCAAAAGAACGACCGCAUACUCGAACGUAUCUUGGAUGCAUGAAGAACGGUCCUGUGGUAACUGACCCUAACAUGAAAUGGUACGAGCCACUGUCACACCUGUUUGGUGAGAUUUACUUUCUUCAUGCUUAUGGCCCAAUAUAUGCGCUUUCAGCUGAUGUAGUUUCGAGCUUGGUUGCUUUGAGAAACGACAGUUUCCGAAUAUUCAGCAAUGAGGAUGUCACAAUAGGUUCCUGGAUGCUUGCAAUGAAUGUCAAUCAUGAGAACAACCAUGCUCUCUGUGCUAGCGACUGCUCAUCAUCAUCAAUUGCUGUUUGGGAUAUUCCAAGAUGCUCAGGGCUGUGCAAUCCAGAAGUGAAGAUGCUGGAGCUUCACAAAAAGGAGAUCUGUUCAGGAGCUUCAACAUUCUCAGAUGAAUGAGAAAAAGCUCGGAAACGUGGAAAUUAGUAGUAGAAGAAAAAAAACGACUUAGGAGCAGAACAAAGUGACAGAUCUUAUUAGGAGAAAAUGGUGACAUCGAGACAACUACAGAAUGUAGAUUGAGAUUAUUCUUGAAUAAUAUUAUUCAUUUUUAUUCU